CGGGCAAGUGGGCAGCGGAGGAGAGGCGCCCUAGCCGCGGGGAGCCGUGCGCGCCGGGGCUUUGUGCGCAUGGCGGCGGCAGCAGCGAGAGGGCGAGGGCAGAAAGGCGCUGGGUGCCCGCGGCGGGCCAGGGAGCUGCCCGCCGCUCCUCUCUAGCAUCACAACAAAGGCGAGAGGAGAGGGCAGAGCGAGCGAGAGAGCGCAGCCGGGUAAACAGCUGGGGAAGGAGCCAGGAGAGGAGCCUCAGAGCUGAGUGGGUGUGAGAGAGAAAGAUGGCCUCUUCCCAAGGGCCCCCAGGCUCCACGCUAGGAGGCGGAUCUGUGCAGGGUGCUCCAGAGGCCUCGACGGAUGGAGAAGACGAUGCCGGGGAGGCGUUUGUGUUUGAGGACAGCGAGGAAGAGGAGGAGAGCGCGAGGCUGGUGGUGAGCAAUGCCAGGACUGAGCUGGGCACCCGGGAAGCACUGCAGGACCCUUCCCCCAGGCGGCGAUCGAGCCUCAGCGAUGACCUGGAGCCCCUGGACGAAUGGGAGGCUGAGGAAGCCCUGCUCGAGGGGCGGGCCCUAGUGGGCCAGGCGGACUCCAGCACCAGCCUUGAUCUCCUGGGCUCACAGUCACAGACAGAGUUUGUUGUCAGCAAUGGGGACCUGGUGGAAGGCUCCCAUGGCGUGUCGCGAUCCUUCAGCUGGAGGAGGAAAAGUUUCCGGCGAGGAAAGGUUAAUCCCCCAGCCCCGGAAGAAGACGUGAUCUAUGACGAUGUUCCUUAUGAAAACGUGGACCCGGAUCAGCGUGAUUCAGAGAGAAGCCUGAUUUAUGAGGACAUCCAUCAAGACAAAGAGCUGCAGGAGGCUGAGGACCUCGGCUGGAGCUCCAGUGAGUUCGAAAGCUACAGCGAGGACUCCGGGGAAGAGACCAAGCCGGAGGUGGAAGCUGCUAAGCCAAAAGUGUCCUUUCAGCCGAAGAUGACACAGCUGAUGAAAGCAGCCAAGAGCGGCACCAAGGAUGGGCUGGAGAAGACGAAGAUGGCCGUCAUGCGGAAAGUGACUUUCUUGCACAAGAAAGAGGUCCCAGGCGACUCGGAAGAGGAGGACAUGGGAUUUCUGGAGGUCUCCGUCACGGAUAUGAAGCACCCGCUUCCCGAACUGGGCCCCAUGCCGGAAGGGCUGAGCCCUCAGCAGGUGGUGCGGCGUCACAUCUUGGGUUCCAUUGUGCAGAGCGAGCGGAGUUACGUGGACUCCUUGAGGCGGAUCUUGCAGGAUUACAGAAACCCUCUGAUGGAGAUGGAGCCCAAAGUCCUCAGUGCCCGCAAGUGCCAGGUGGUUUUCUUCCGGGUCAAAGAGAUCCUCCAGUGCCACUCCAUGUUCCAAAUCGCCUUGUCUUCACGUGUUGCCGAGUGGGACACCACGGAGAAAAUCGGUGACCUCUUUGUGGCCUCGUUUUCCAAAUCGAUGGUGCUGGAUGUGUACAGCGAAUAUGUCAACAACUUCACCACCGCCAUGUCCCUGAUCAAGAAGGCCUGCCUCACUAAGGGUGGCUGUUCCUCUUCUCGGCAGAAGCGGCAGAUGGCCAGCGUAGACCGGGUCACUCUGUACGGGCUGAUGGUGAAACCCAUCCAGAGAUUCCCCCAGUUCAUUCUUCUGCUGCAGGACAUGCUGAAGAACACCCCAAAGGGCCACCCGGACCGGCUGUCGCUCCAGCUGGCGCUGACCGAACUGGAGACCUUGGCAGAGAAGCUCAACGAGCAGAAGCGGCUGGCCGACCAGGUGGCUGAGAUCCAGCAGCUGACCAAGAGCGUCAGCGACCGCAGCAGCCUCAACAAGCUGCUGAGUUCGGGCCAGCGGCAGCUGUUGCUUUGCGAGACUCUGACGGAAACCGUUUACGGCGACCGGGGGCAACUCAUCAAAUACAAGGAGAAAUUUUUUCUGAACGACAUGCUGGUGUGCGCCAAUAUCAAUUUCAAGGGACAGUUGGAGAUCAGCAGCCUCGUCCCCCUGGGCCCCAAAUACAUUGUGAAGUGGAAUUCUGCCCUCCCGCAGAUCCAGGUGGUGGAAGUCGGGCAGGAGAGCUGCACCCACGAGAAGGACAACGUGGUCAUCCAGAACGUGGGCUCCAAGAAGCACAUGCCAACCAGCCAGUCUUCUCACAACAGAGUCUACCUGGGCCCGCCCCGCCUCUUCCAGGAGCUCCAGGACCUACAGAAGGAUCUGGCCGUCGUGCAGCAGAUAACCCUGCUCGUCAGCACCCUCCACGGCACCUACCAGAAUCUGAACAUGACGGUGGCUCAGGACUGGUGCUUGGCACUGCAGCGGCUCAUGAGAGUGAAGGAGGAAGAGAUCCACUCGGCCAACAAGUGCCGCCUCCGUCUCCUGCUCCCGGGAAAGCCAGACAAGUCUGGUCGCCCCAUCAGCGUCAUGGUGGUCUUCAUCACUCCCAACCCCCUCAGCAAGAUCUCCUGGGUGAACCGCCUGCACUUGGCCAAGAUUGCCCUCCGGGAAGAAAACCAGCCUGGCUGGCUGUGUCCCGAGGAAGAUAAGAAGAGCAAAGCUCCCUUCUGGUGCCCCAUCUUGGUUUGCCGCGUGCUCGCCUUUUCCUCCAAGGCUCUCGACCUGCAGCUUGGAGCGGCCGUGCACAGCCCUGUCCAUUCCUCACUGCUGGGUUUCUCGGCCAUCAGCACUUCUCUGCCGCAAGGCUACCUCUGGGUUGGGGGCGGCCAGGAAGGGGCCGGGGGCCAAGUGGAGAUUUUUUCCCUGAAUCGUGCAGUGCCUCGGACGGUGAAGUCCUUCCCCGUGGCCUCCCAGGUCCUCUGCAUGGAAUACAUUCCAGAGAGGAGCGAAGAGGAGAAAGUGGAAGAUUCUCAACCAGCUGCCGAGCCCCCGCUGCUGCCACAGCCGGCCAUUUGCCUGGGGCUACAGGAUGGCAGCAUCCUGGUGUAUGGAAGCGUGGACACAGGGACACAGUGCCUCCUGACCUGCAAAAGCCCGGGGCUCCAGCCGGUUCUCUGCUUGAAACACAGCCCCGACUUUCUCUUUGCUGGCCUGCAGAAUGGCACCGUAGCGGCUUACUCUAGAAACAGUGGGGGCCUUUGGGAUGCGGCAGCCGAGCCCAGCUGCCUGGCGGUGGGGCCGGCCCCGGUCCGAACGCUGCUGAGCUUGGAUGAUGCCGUUUGGGCCAGCUGUGGCAACCAAGUCACCGUGUUGGAUGCCGCCACGCUGAAGGCGCAGCAAACCUUCGAAGCCCACCCAGAGGAGGAAGCCAGUGUCACUCACAUGAUCAAGGCGGGCAGUGGGGUCUGGAUGGCUUUCUCUUCGGGGUCCUCCAUCCGCCUCUUUCAUACGGAGACCUUGGAACACCUACAGGAGAUCAAUGUUGCGACACGGACCACUUUUGCCCUGCCAGGCCAGAAGAACGUCCGCGUCACCAGCCUCCUGAUUUGCCAGGGCCUGCUGUGGGUGGGCACUGACCAAGGCAUCCUGGUCCUCUUGCCCGUGUCCAGGCUGGAGGGCAUCCCCAAGAUCACGGGGAAAGGCAUGGUCUCCCUCAAUGGCCACUGUGGGCCGGUGGAGUUCUUGGCCGUCGCCCUCAGCACCCUGGCGCCAGACAUCUUGAAGAGCGACAAGGAGGAGGAGGAGGAGGAGCCAGUGGCGGACCCCCCGCCUACCGAAGACGAGAAGCAGGACAGGAGAUCCUCAGAGCUGGCUGCCCAGGAGAGCCCCCCCACGCAGGAGAGGAGGAAGAAGGGCGUCCUCUUGCAGUACCGCCUCCGGUCCACCUCUCACCUCCCCGGGCAGCUGCUCUCGGUGAGGGAGCCUCCGUCCACCGCUGGUGGGAACUCUCUGGAGCACACGGAGGAAGACGGGUCCAUUUACGAAAUGGCUGACGACCCUGACGUCUGGGUGCGGAGCCGGCCGUGCGCGAGGGACACUCACCGCAAGGAGAUCUCUUCCCUGGCGGUCAUCUCUGGCGGGCGGGGCUACCGGAACUUCAACCCAAACGGCAGACUGCCGGCCAGCAGCGAGACCGACAGCACUUUGCUCAUGUGGCAGGUCCCUCUGAUGCUAUAGCCCUGCGCUUUCCCCUUCCCCCGCCCUCCUCU